AACAAAACCACCAUUAACAAAGGUGUGUAUUUGUACAAUUGGAUUUAAAAAUUAUUUACACAAAUCCAGGAACAGGAACAGGAACACACGCAUACAAAGACAGCCCUUUCUUACGAUCACAUAAUCUAUCACAUCUUUAAUUUUCAAUCUCCUGCUGGUGUAACUUGUCAAUAGCCUACCAUCUCCUCACGUCCUGCGAAUUGUGAUCGAGGAUGAAUCUACUACGAACAGCCCUCAACCAGUUUCCCAGCUUACACAGCUCUCAUCACCGCCAUCUAAAAAACUUUAACAACUUCCAAUCAAAGACUAUCACUUGAUUUCUCGAGACGAUUUUACGAGGAUAUUUCUUGAAUUCUCUUGCAUUGUUUCCUGAAUAUAUUAAAGUAGUCUUUAAUCAUUCAAACUUGUCCCUUUUUUUCCUUUUAGAAAACCUAUCAUGUCUAUCUUCUUUUCCACCACUUCUACUUCAUCUCCAUCUCGAUCAUGUUUCUUGAUCCAUCUCCUAUCUUUGGCUUCUCAAAUCUUUAUUAACAUCACUGUUGCUGUCAUCUCACCAACAAAGUUAAAGCCAAUCCUCAUCUCUGACGCUCAAAGCGCCUAUCACCACAUCUCGGCAUACUUCAAUUCAAAGGGACAAGCUCCAAACAUUCCUGGAUUUGAAAAUGCUCUUCGACAACUUCUCACCUCCUCAUCCAGCCAACUCAACUUUCCCCUAAAUCCGCUUUGGUUAUCUGGGUUACUCUCAUCAUCCGACCCGAUUUCCAAAACCAUCUUCUCAAUCCUUCAACCGGCAAUCUACCUCGUCCUCACUCAUUUCCGGUUUUUCUCUCCCACCGACAAUCUCUUCCCUUAUGCCUGCUUUGCGUCCGUCCAACAGCAGGCAAAGGCUUCUUAUUACCGCUUAAUCACCAUCACCCAACUUCAGACACUCGCUCGGUUGUCUCGGUCAUUGAAAGCAGUCCGCACCACCAACACAUUCCGUGCCUCACUGCUUUCUGGCCCAUCCGAUUCAUCAAUCCAACACGAUCAUCCAAUCCCAUCGUGUGGUCAUCUACCCGAGCAUUCUGCUCUCCUUCGUCCCUUCACACCACGAGGCCCGAUCUUCAUCAAACGAACGUCACCACCUACUGAACGAUAUGUGGGAUACAUCAGUGAUCUGGCUGAAUCUGCCCAUAUUCAACUUCGAAACGUUCAUCCAGAUGAUUACCUCGAUCAACCCUUUCGUCAACGUCGAUUUUAUCUCGUCAAGGCUUUUCGAGAUCGAAUUAAAAGGGCUAUCAAACCAGUGACGGUGUUUGAAGAUGAAGAGGAUGACUAUGGACCGAUUGAUCCAUCUUGGCUUUGAUUGUCUUUUUUUUUGGUUUUCUUGAAAUGAUUGUGAUCUUUGGUUUUUUUUUCUCGUCUUUUUUUUUGUUUCACUUUUUCUUGUUCGUCUUUCAAUGUGAUCUUUAUAGUCUUUAUUAUCAUCAUCCUCCACUCUUGGUGGCCUUUUUUUUCUUAGGAUGUUUUGUUUUUUCUUGUUUUCUCUUCAUCUUUCUCUGAUUUUUUUUUGUUUCUCUAUUCAACUCUGACCUUAAAAGAUUCUGAUGUAUCAUCUCAAUUGUAAUCUUUUUUUUUCAGUACUUCUCUUAAGGAAUUUUAUAGAGAUGAAUUAGUAGAAU